GAGGGAGAGAGAGAGUGAGUGGAGAGACUCUCUGUGUGUGUCUGUGUGGCUCAACAUGGCGUUUGGCUCUGUGGUUUGGCAUCUCCUGACUCUCACCAUUUGGGGACUUUUUCUGGCUAAAGCCGACGUCCAGAAUCUGGUGACUGACAAUGUGGUGGUGGUGGAAGGAGAGGUAGCAACCAUCAGUUGCAGAGUGAAAACAAAUGACGACUCAGUCAUUCAGCUGCUGAAUCCAAGUCGACAGACAAUUUACUUCAGGGACGUCAGGCCGUUGAAGGACAACCGUUUCCAGCUGGUCAACUUCUCCAGCAACGAGCUUCGGGUCUCGCUCUCCAACGUCUCGCUGGAGGACGAGGGGGUGUACAUGUGCCAGCUGUACACCGACCCCCCACAAGAGGCCUUCGCUGAAAUCACCGUCCUCGUCCCGCCGGAAACGCCCACCAUCGACGCCGACAAGACCACGGUGAUCGAGGGCGAGCAGAUCGAGUUCACGUGCAGCACGACGGGCAGCAAGCCGGCCGCGAAGAUCAAGUGGCUGAAAGGAGAUGAGAAGCUGAAAGAGACCACAGUGAGCUCAGAGAGGGAUCCCAAAGAGGAGAAAGUGUUCAAUGUCACCAGUACUCUGGUGGUGCAGGUCACCCGGUUCGAUGAUGGAUUACCUGUUACCUGUCAGGUGGAGCAUCCAGCAGUGAAAGACCUGCAGGCGAUGAAGGAGUUGCAGGCACAGAAAUACAUGGAUGUGCUAUACAAGCCAGUGGUGGAGAUAUCCGUCAGCCAACCCCAAGGCCUGACAAGAGAAGGAGAUACUCUGGAAUUGAGCUGCACAGCGAUCGGGAAACCGCAACCCGAAGUCUACUGGCAACGAGUGGACGAUGAGAUGCCCGAUCGCGUUGCCUUGUCCGUUGGGAACUUAGUCCUUGAGUCCCUAAAUAAGACUGACAAUGGGACGUACCGGUGUCAGGCAUCUAACGACAUCGGGGAAUCAUCCGACGAUUACGUCUUGUUUGUCUACGAUGCCCCCACCACUAUCCCACCUCCCACAACUGCCACCACCUCCACCACCAUUCCACCCAUCACCACAGCCACAUCGCUGACGACAGAACCAUCAGCUCACGACCCCAGAGCGGGCACGGAGGUGCCGAGGUCUGUGGACCACGCCGUGAUCGGUGGGGUGGUUGCCGUGGUGGUGUUCGCCAUUCUGUGCCUGCUGAUUGUUCUCGGACGAUACUUCGCGAGACACAAAGGGACGUACUUCACGCACGAAGCCAAAGGGGCCGACGACGCCGCCGACGCCGACACCGCCAUCAUCAACGCCGAGGGCGGGCACAACAACUCCGAGGAGAAGAAAGAGUACUUCAUCUAAAGCGGAAGCGAGAGCGCACAGUUGCCACCGAGGUGUCCAACUGUCGAAAAGAAGUCACGGUUUAGUACAGUCCUGCGGUCACAUUCGAGACACUGCGUAGAUUAGGGGUUAGGGUGGGGGAACGGUGUGUGUAGACCUCGUUGAGUUCCACGGUUUGACACCUCUGUAAACGCCUAGCCAGACUUGGGGACUUAGUUUAGCAUCUCAUUUGCAGAAAACUCCGUGCCUUGUUUUCCCUGCAAAAACUCUCCAGCCUUUUAUCGAAUUGCCAUUUCGGAAGCUCCACGGACUUGACACACACACACAAAAAAAAAA